UUUGUAUCAAUCAUUGAAUCAUAUCAAUUCCAAUUCAUCAUUUAUAAUUUGUGAGUUGCAUAGUUUGUACAAUCAUUUCAGUUGGUAUACUGUUUUUAAAUAAAAUAAUUACAGUAAAAAGUAAAGUUCAACUCAGUAAAAAUAAGCUUAAGUGGUUUUACUUAUUUGUAGCAGUUUAUAUUUCGAAGAUGGCUACAGAAGUUGGAUCAGCUCCCGUUAUGUCACAACUACAAUCUGUGCAGAAGGCAAUGGCAUUGCCCUCAGUAGAAGCUGCUGUUGGACAAGUUGGUGCAUUCUAUACUAAAGUUAAAGGUGCACACUCUCUUUUGGAAUGGGCGUUAUCUACAGCAGAAGCAAGUGUAACAUUCGCAGCAGCCACUGCAGCACCUUUUGUGGCUGCACCCAUCGCGGCUGGUGAUGCCAAAGUUGCUGCUGCUAUUGAUGAGCUAGAGCGCAGAAUGCCACUGGUUACUGAACAACCUAAAGUCAUUGUAGAGACUACAAAACAAGCAGUACUUGCUAGGCUGACACCACAAUUAAAUAAGGUGUACGGCGCUCGUGAUGUUGCGGAACAGCGAGUGAAGUCCCUCAAGGAACUCACAUGGGCCAAAGCCAACACGUUGCUGUCCACAGCGUACGGCCAGAAGGCCAUGCACAGCGUCGACACUGGAGCUACAUAUGCUAUGCAAAUCCUAAAUCACUACCUGCCGCCUUCACAGGAAGAAACUAACAGUGUUGGCGCAGAGAUCGUGACUGCGGAGAGCGACCCCGCGCUGCACACGGUGCAGACGGUGCGCCGCCUCAGCGCCGUGGCGGCGCGCCGCGUGUGGGCCAACCUCGCCGCGCGCGUCAACCAGCUCCGGGACAACGGAAUCGAGUUGGAUUUCCGUCGAUAUGUGACUGCACUCUUGGCAGCCUUACACCUCGCGAAAGUAACGAGCGACCAGCAACAGAGCUUAGAAGCCAAAGAUCCCAAGCCGCAGGCCGAAGCGGAACCCGCCAAGAGCGGUCACCCCUCCGAGGCUCACCACUCCGCUCCUACCACCACUGAAAAAGUGAAAUCAACCCCCGAAGCUAAAUCCAAUACUAGUGAAAACCAGUAACCAUUUAUUCAAUCAUAUAUAAUCUAUAUUAUCGUGUAAGUCGCGCCACAAUGAUGAUACAUGUAGUAUUUUAUCAACAUUGUUAUGGUCAUAUUGAUUUUAUUUUUAAUGUAUUCUAUGAAGUGUGAACUAUAUCACGUUUAAUCAAGACUGAAGGUCUUUUUGAUGUGUUUUAUAAAGCUUUUAAUAGCGAGAUAUUUUUAUUAUUGAACUUUUGGAAAAUAAAUAAACUAUUUUAAA